AAGCUGGCGACGGGGUCCAUUUUGAGGGGAAGAGCGAAAACUCGGGAAACUGCGUGUUUGUUUUUUAGUGGCUUUAUUAACACAAAUUAAACUUUCACCAUGGCGAUGCAAGCAGCGAAACGCGCUAAUAUACGAUUACCUCCUGAGGUGAACAGAAUAUUGUACGUGAGGAACCUUCCUUACAAGAUCACAGCAGAGGAGAUGUAUGAUAUCUUUGGAAAAUAUGGACCAAUACGUCAAAUCCGAACAGGUAACACACCUGAAACGAGAGGAACAGCUUACGUUGUAUACGAAGACAUCUUCGACGCCAAGAACGCCUGUGACCACCUGUCAGGCUUCAACGUCUGCAAUCGUUACCUGGUGGUUCUUUACUACAACGCUAACAGAGCUUUCCAGAAAAUGGACACAAAGAAAAAAGAAGAGCAGCUGAAGCUUUUGAAGGAGAAAUAUGGCAUCAACACAGACCCUCCCAAGUAGCUUCCACUUUGAUCUACAUCACCUUUGGUUUUUUCAUUUGUUAAAACUUUUCAUGUUGUUUGAUUUAUGCUUUUCAUAAUUUACCCAUUUGUUUGUUUGUUAAUACUACCCUGAUUUACAGUUUGAGGUCUUUAUAUUUUAGUUUUGUUCUGGUAAGAUGGCAGACAGGACAUGCUGACAGUGGCCGUCUUCACUCUGGCCAAUAUGGUUGUUUUUGUUUUGCAAUUUUUUGUUUUCAUAAACCUAAAUUUAAACUUAACCAUGCUUUACAGUGUUGAGAUGGGAAGCCGAAAUUGAUGUGUGCCCCCCCAUUUAAAGUAUAUAAUUUCUGUAAAAUAAAUGCUUUUUUUUCAUAAA